GCGGGCGUCGGAGCUGCCCGCUGGGGGAGAAAGACAGGAGAGAGAAAGAGCGCGAGCGAGGAGAGGGAGCCCGAGGCGAAAAAGUAACUGUCAAAUGUGCGGCUCCUUUAACCGGAGCGCUCAGUCCGGCUCCGAGAGUCAUGGCGACCGCAGCGUCUAACCACUACAGCCUGCUCACCUCCAGCGCCUCCAUCGUGCACGCUGAGCCUCCCGGCGGCAUGCAGCAGGGCGCGGGGGGCUACCGCGAGGCGCAGAGCUUGGUGCAGGGCGACUACGGCGCGCUGCAGAGCAACGGGCACCCGCUCAGCCACGCUCACCAGUGGAUCACCGCGCUGUCCCACGGCGGCGGCGGCGGGGGCGGCGGCGGCGGCGGCGGGGGCCACGGCCUGCGGGACGCACACGACGAGCCGCACCAUGCCGACCACCACCCUCAUCCACACUCGCACCCGCACCAGCAGCCGCCGCCGCCGCCGCCCCCGCAGGGCCCGCCGGGCCACCCAGGCGCGCAUCACGACCCGCACUCUGACGAGGACACGCCGACCUCGGACGACCUGGAGCAGUUCGCCAAGCAGUUCAAGCAGCGGCGGAUCAAACUGGGAUUUACUCAAGCGGACGUGGGGCUGGCGCUGGGCACCCUGUACGGCAACGUGUUCUCGCAGACCACCAUCUGCAGGUUUGAGGCCCUGCAACUGAGCUUCAAGAACAUGUGCAAGCUGAAGCCUUUGUUGAACAAGUGGUUGGAGGAAGCGGACUCGUCCUCGGGCAGCCCCACGAGCAUAGACAAGAUCGCAGCGCAGGGGCGCAAGCGGAAAAAGCGGACCUCCAUCGAGGUGAGCGUCAAGGGGGCUCUGGAGAGCCAUUUCCUCAAAUGCCCCAAGCCCUCGGCCCAGGAGAUCACCUCCCUCGCGGACAGCUUACAGCUGGAGAAGGAGGUGGUGAGAGUUUGGUUUUGUAACAGGAGACAGAAAGAGAAAAGGAUGACCCCUCCCGGAGGGACUCUGCCGGGCGCCGAGGAUGUGUACGGGGGGAGUAGGGACACGCCACCACACCACGGGGUGCAGACGCCCGUCCAGUGAACUCGAGCGGGGGGAGGGGCAGAGCGCUGGGCUCCCCCUCCCCUUCGGUCCCUGGCCCCUUCCGGGCCCCCUUGUUCCCUCUCUAACUUCUGAUUGUUCUUUAUUUUUAAUUAUUAUUUCCCCGUCCCUUAUAAAGAAAAAAAAUUACGGGAAAAGGAAAGCGACUAAGACACUGGACUAUCCUUUCAAUGGUAGCAGGUGUAAUGAUGUGUUUUGACCUUUGCAGGCGAGUACCCAGGCAAUGGAGUGGAGUGUCUCCUAGAGAGAGUGAGGAAAGAGUGUGUGAUAGAGAGAGAGCGCGCGAGAGAGAUGCCAAGCACUGAAAUAAAUACCUGGCAAAACUAAAUAAAUGACCAAAAAGAAAAAAAAAAUCCACCAAACCGUGGUAAACACAAAACGCAGCUUCCUGAUGCUCGGAGUUGGCACAUGCUGCUGUGUUUACUUAAUGUGGAUCCCCAUCAGGAAGGAGGAAAAAAUACACACGCUCUUUGAUAUAGGCAAAAUUUAACCACAUAAAUUUGCACUGCAAGAAAAUUGAAGUUUACACGAACAAAUUCGUAAACAUAUUUUUCUCUUUCUCCCCACCGUUAAUUCUGGGAUUGCUAUUUUUGGCUUUGUUUUGGUUUGCUUUAUUCAGCGGAGAGAGUUGAGGCCAGCUUUUGGCCGCUCCCCAUUUCUAAUGUUUUUGUGUUGCCCAUUGUUCUUAUCUUUUGUGAAUUUCGGUUAUCUUCAGGUCCUCCUUAUAUUGGUGUAACAUUUACUUGCUACUUUUACCAAAGUAAAACGAUUGGCUGCAUACAAAAUAAAUAAUUCUCUGCUUUCAGGAAAUGCUCAUGGUCUACCCGCUUUAUCCAAGGCAAGAAUCCAGUUUGGAAUAUAAAAAUAAGAGUCAAGCAGUAGUUUUUGUGACCAGCCACAAAGUAAACUUCAUUUUUCAGGCAGUGUUUCUGGGGGAGGUUAUGGAGGGGAGAAAAAGAAAAAUCGAUAGUGAGUGACCGAUUGCUUCAUUUUAUCAGGCGGGCCCAUUGUGAAAGAGCUUAGAGGAAAUAUGGAGGUUAAAUAUAUUUUGAGUUGUCCAACAGAAAGUGGCACUUUGAAGAGAACUAGGAAAUAUGUCUUCAGAUAUUCCUGUAUAGUUCUCUGUCUUCAGUCUUAAUAACUUAAUUAUAAGGAAUUAUUUGUGCAGAUAGCAAUGGUUAAACUUUGGUCUUCUAAUUGUUUUUUAUUUUUUUCUAACAUAAAAUAACCCAGGAACUUAAUGGUGUAUGCAUAAACUAUGUUUCGUAGCACACAAAUACCCACAUGCAUACAUAGAAUAUCUCCACUUGGUAGACUGGUUUUGUUUUCACUGGCUCAUUUUGUUUAUCGAGUCAUAUUUAGGGUUCCACACCCUCUUCUCCCAUAAUUUAUUACAGAAAAUACCAGUUUGGUUUGGAAAGCUUUUCCCCCCUCUUUCACUAAGGAAGCCAAAUGAAGUGAAAAAAAAAAUGCCAAUUUUAAUCCUUCCUUUCUCCCCUUUGUUAAUAGUUCUAAGUGCAUUUUUGACCUUAUCUUGAUGGAAAACGGUUAACUACCAACACAAAAGACUCUACUGGGAAGUGUAGGUGAAAAACUUAGCUCUAUUGAAAAGAAAUACCUUUAAACUGUGAUCAGUUCAAAUUUUAAAAAUAAUCAGCACAAAAGGGCGCUAAAAGGGAAAACACUUUUUAUUAAUCUUAAAAGUUUGGGGGCUUUUUUCUGGUUAGGAAUUAGAUAAAUUUUUAUUUUAAAAAAUUAAAUUCUUAUUACCAUAAAAUUAUGGUUCAGCAUCAGAUUAGCAUUGCACUCAGUAGUUAAGGUUUUAGGAAAUAUGCUUUAUAUUGUCUUUUCAAACACAUGUGAUUGUUUCAUUUUCAAUGUUUUUGCAAGAUAAAUGGUGACUUAUAAUGGGCAUAUUUAUUUGCCUGUAUUUCAUUUCCCCCAAUGAAUGUCACAAGGAAAUGGUCACGGAGCUGCUUCAGGGUGCAUCACGCUUCUUGUUCCUGAGGUGUGGGGACUGGUCUUUAGUGAAGCAAUCCAGAGCAGGGCAAAUAGCCAAUGGUAAAAGGAGGAAAUGAAAUUUCAGAUACUUAUUACCAAGUAGGUAAGGUUGGAAGCUGGAGUUCAGGGGAUGUGUCUAUAGCUCCUCUAACUCUCAGGUUUACUAAGAUGGAAGUUACCACUGAACCUUACCACUAUGUAUAUAUGUUUAAUAUCUGUCUUUUGAAAUGCAGAAAUAGUUUAAAUGUUUCUUUGUCUAUUUUUCUUUUCUUUUUUUUUUUUUUUAAUGCUACCCAGGGAAAUAUUUUCAUAUCAUUUUUAAGUGGCCUGCCUCAAUGUAUAUUUAUUUCUUUUGAAGCAAAAAGGUUCUGGAAACUGUUUUUCUGUAGCUUUAAAUGAGUAGGUAAGCAAAAUCUAUAUGGGAUGUAAUUUUUUUGUUCAGUCUCUUUAAAAAUACUUUGUUUUGGUACAUUUGGUUGUGCUUGUGGGGAAAAUAAAAACGCAGAGAUCCUUAUAUAUUUAUGUUAAAGUAAUAUUUUAUUAUCUACAUAAAACAGAAAUGCACAAUACCUUCAUAGUUUGUUCUAAUUAUUGAAAUAUCUUUAUUUUAUUUUUAAAGAUAGUGCCAACUUUUAAGGGGGAAGAAACCGUAGACCUAAUACUGAGUUGAGUUGUGUGUGAAACACUUCCCUUCCUUUAUACUUCAUAAAGUUUGGAAUAAAUUUUAUGCAUAUCCUGCCAGGUUUCAUGUUGAUAACUUUCAGAGGUUUUUUUUUUUUUUUUUUAAGAACUGGAGACUACUGUUCUGAAUCACUUUUUUUUUUUUCAAAAAUGAUCAUCCCCAAAUCUUUCAGUCACUAUGCAUACAGCAUUAAAUUUAAGUGGUCUUUGGAUUUGAGCUAUAAUUUGUUUCCCAUUUCAGGGUCUGACAAAGAGAUGUUUGCCCCUUUUAAACGUAUGCAGAUAUCCCUGCAUUUUCUUUCCAGGUUAACUGUACCUCAUCAAAUUGUGCUGUUUUGGAGAGUGUCAAUGGAACUAGGUGGACUUUAAUCUCUACCCACAUGUCCUCACGUAAUUUGGGAUCUGCAGAAAAGCAGGGCUUAGUUAGGGGAUUAUUCUUCUUAAUAAUUAACAAAUAUCUUUCAACAAAGAGUAACCCUGAUAAUAUGCUAUAAGUGUGUUUACCAAAUGAUUAGAGGUAGAUCCUAUAUAAUAUUACUGUUAGGUUAACAGAAAAAAGAUGGAUUUUGCAAUGGUUUGUACAAUAGUGUCUAUUUCUCAUCAGGCAGACAAACGGGCUCUAAAACAAGAAAAGAAAAGAAAAACACAUAGGAGAGACUGGAGCCGUAAGGCUAAUAACAGAUUUUUUCACACAGUCUUAGACAGAACACUACAUUUACCAAAAUCAGUUUUAAAGUUAGUGAGAAUUCCAAGCAGUGUUGGGUUAGUUUACAAGUUUGCUGAUGUAAAGUCCUCCUUGGAACAUCUGUUUAAAUAUAAAUGUCCCUUUUGAGGGGUAGUUUCUGGGCUUAUUACAUCUGAUCAUCUUUUCUAACUCCUAGUCGAUAUUACAUGGGUCCCAAACAGAUUCAGCCAAAUGAUCUUAUCAAUAGUCUGAACGAGAAGUGACAGAAAGAAGAAGUGUUUUGUGACCACAGACAUGCUGAUGGGUAAAAUGUUUAAGCUGGGUAUAGAUUUGAGUUUGGGGUCAAUAUCCUUCUCCACCAAAGGCAGAAAACAAGCAGCAUCUGCCCUCUGCAGGGCAUUUUAGUGGACCUUGAGAAGGCAUUUUUGUUCUUAGCCAUAGGGGCCACUGACUGGAAACUAUCUCAUGUUAAACAGACACACUGUGGUUUUGACCCAUGCUUACCAUUCGGAUCCUAAGGCUACUCAAGAUAGUUUCCACACCAGUUUAGGAAUUAGUUACACACUUAAGGUGCAAAACGUUACCAUUGCCACUGGGAGAAAUUUUUGCAGCAGCUAUCCUUAAAAUGUUGGCUAGCCACAACAACAACAAAAAAAACCCUUUAUUUUCUCGAAAGACAAUAACAAUGCAGAAUAUGGCCAUCCUGAAAGAGCUCCUGUGUUUUCUUUAAAUAUGCCACUUUUUAAAUUUAUAGUAUAAGAUGAGGGAGAAACAAUCAUGUGGGAACGAGUUAUGUAAAGGUCAGAUAGAGGGAAUGGCCACAAAUAAUAUUAUGCUUGGCACUUCUAAACAUUCUCAGUUCCCACGAAGUAAUCUCCUUUAUAUUUCAGAUGGCAGCAACAAAAGCACUCUUUUCUUCCCUUUCCCCUCCUGCUCCUACCAAUGGGGGCCACACACUGGUUGGCAAAAUUUUCUGGUGAAAUGGCUUUGAUAAAGGCACUCAUUUUUCUAUCUUAUUUUUCCAAAUACAACUAAUAAAGAGAUGCAACAGCAAUAAUAGGGGAGAAAUGGCAUUUGGGUGCAUUGGUACCUGCACAGUGUGUCUAUAUGCUGCAUUCAUUUGCCUUGCAUUUGCCUUAUUAUGGAAGCAGUUUGGGUAGUUCUGGGGAGUGGGGUGUGAUUAUCUCUUUGUUGAUUUUUCAGUCAGUUCCUAGAACUCUGUUCUAGAUUCUAUUGAAUUCCUACACAAGUUAAAGAAUGAGGCAAAGAACAGAGCUUGGACAGAAAAAGAAAGAAGGAUGAUGACGUGAGGGUCAAAGGUAAAAGUGUUUCUUUGGGUUUGCUUGUAUAUGUCAGUGAGUAAGGCAAAGGGACAGUGUUUAUUUAAAAUGAAAGAAAAAGCUGCACCUGAGGCACUAUGACUCUUGACAAUAUGACUAAAUAGGAUGUACAGAUAAGUUUUUAGGAAAGUUUACUUUUUCAAUGAGGCAGUCUUUUAGCAGGAGACAGAUAGUGGUAGGAAAGAACCAGGGCUUCUGCUACCCAUUCACUCUAUCUGGUUCUGGAUGGGAAACAAUACUAAAGUGUCAGGGGCCUGCCACCCAGCUAGCAAAUCAUGGAAUCAACUGGCUCAUGUAUGCAGAACUUGGGCAAUUGUUAUUUCAAUGCCCCCUUAUCUGCAGGCAGGCAUGAGAAUGCCAGAAAAUGGCUUAGUUUUCUUUAAGGCUUUGCUUGGUUACGGAGAUAAAGAAACAAUCAAAAUAUUUUCACAUUGUUCUGGUGGUGUUUGGUGGAAAGCUAGGAAAUUUGUUUCCUUCUUUAGAAAAAGUUAAUUCAUUUCAUCAUGUAGUACAUUUCCUUUACCUUAAUAGCACCUCUGCUUGGCUUAGCUGUUAGAGGUUUUAAACACAGUAUCAUACCCCAUCUAAACAACCCUGGCCUCCCUUAUUGUUCCUAGAACUCUGAUUGUUGGUAACAUUAAGAUGUAUUUCUUUCUUUUUCUUUUUCUUUCUUUUUUCUAUAAAAGGCUGAAAUGUUAUUUAAUACACCAGUAAAAGUGCAUAUACAUCUUAAAGUUUA